AUGGAAGCUGAACCAGGCCCCUGCUGGAGCUGUUGCUGCAGGUGUGCUUUGAGAUUUGUUUCGAGGGCUGAUGUUCUGGUUUUCUGGGUGUUUUCACAGAGUUUGGUGUCUUGUGCCAAGGCUACACGAAGAAUAUUGCAAGAGCCUGUGACAAGUUGGGAUGUGGACACUGUGGAGCUAGACGGCAAAAUAAAAGAGAACAAGACCCUUAUUAAUAUUAAUGAGCCAUUUAUCAGCUCAGGGGGUCGUUCCCAUGGAGGAGUUGCUGUUAAGUGCUCAGAUGGCUCUGCUGUUUACGCCCCGUUUGAUGGUAAACUUGUUGGCAGGAUCAGCCCCUACGGCAACGGAAACAAGAUCGAUAAUGGCUUCAAGCUCAUUGGCAAUGGGUUGUGCAUGAUGCUCUUCUAUAGUAAGCCUAAUAAAUACACAAGAAAUGUGAAGAAAGGACAGAGGAUUGGGACUCUGCUCCCCAUGCAGACUGCCUACCCAGGCAUCACCUCUCACAUCCAGAUGUGUGACCGCUCUAAUCUCACCUGUUACCUGUGAAACCGGACGACCCCCAGCCCUGCUCGUUUCCACUCUGGCUGAUGAGUUACCUCUUUGCAAAUUCACUGUCUAAUU